UUUCAUUUAGAGAUACCAUUCGCCCUAAAUGAGCGCACGUCUUUGAACACUGGAAGGAAACCGUGCUCGAGGAGGGUGAGAGUUUGGGACUCAGGCCCCCAACACUGGAGGUGUGAAGCAAUCAUGCUACCCACUAAAAGACGCCAUUCAUCAAGACCUUCCAGCGAGAAGAGAUAGCAGGCAUCACUGUAAAGUUUCAGGCACGAGCUCAAACUCUUUUCCUGCCCCUCCCCUCCGGUUGCCGGAAGCGGAAGUUGCGAACCAGCGAUAACAGGCACGCUCAGGUCGGAAGGAUAGGCGGUCGCGUCUGUCGUUAGUUUCUACUUUUUUUCCGUAAACAAACAUGGCGGCCGCGGAUCCUCGGUCCUCGGGUGACGGCGGACCUGCCAGCAGGGGAAGCUUUCCGGCGGGGGAGAGCAGUGACGAGCGCGGAGGCGCUGGGGAUGGCAGCGGCGAGCGGGAGCGUGAGCGCGACCGUGCCACCUUCGAAUGCAACAUAUGCCUGGACACGGCCAGGGACGCGGUCAUCAGCCUGUGCGGACACCUGUUCUGCUGGCCAUGUCUUCACCAGUGGCUGGAGACUCGCCCCAGCAGGCAGCAGUGUCCAGUGUGCAAGGCCGGCAUCAGCAGGGAUAAGGUCAUUCCCCUGUACGGCAGGGGGAGCUCCAGCCAGGAGGAUCCCAGGUUGAAAACUCCGCCUCGACCCCAGGGCCAGAGAACCGAGCCAGAGAGCAGAGGGGUGAGCCUUUUCCUUUCAUAUUCCCCAGCCUUGGAAACGGCCAUCGACACCAGCCUUUCCAGGGAUUUGGAGACACAGGAUUCCACAUGUCGUUUGGAAUCGGUGCUUUUCCGUUCGGUUUCUUCACCACCAUCUUCAACACCAACGACCCGUUUCACAGAGCAGAUCCCCAGUACCCCGCCGAUCACCAUGGCAACGGUAACCCAAACAACGGCAACAAUUGGCAGGACUCUCUUUUCCUGUUUGUGGCCAUAUUCUUCUUCUUCUGGCUGCUCAGCGUAUGAGGGAGAUGUUGUUUGGUGGGGCUGGGUGUUAUCUGUCUCUCUCUGACACACACACACACACACACAGGCACACACACAUAUACACGCAUAUACACACGUACACACACAUACACAGACAGACGGCACAGUCCAGUAGCACUGUGCUAAAACCAGUGGGCAGUGAGGAGUGGGAUGGGUUUGGAAUAGGUGCAGCUGGAACAGGGGUGGGGAGGGAGUACAUGGGUAGACUGGACCUGAGUAGACUGGACAUGAUACUCUUGAUAUUUGGGGAAAUUUAAAGGGGGGGGGUCCCUGUGUUUGGGAGAUGUCUGUUGCUCUCUCCUCCCAGCUGGCAGUGAAACGGGGAGUUUCGAGGGCUUGGAGAAGCACUUUCCCCGCCCCGCUCAUCUCGCUCUCCUUUCGUCCACCAUCAUCGUCCUUUUAGUCUCUCUCCUGCGUGAGCUUGUACAUACAUGCCCACAUACUCACAUGUUAAGAAUAGGGGUGGGGGUUAUAGUUGACAGUAUUAAACUCGAGGUGUUUGUGCACCAUGGAUCGUCGUCGGGGGUGGGGGCUCUUUUAAUAACUAGUCUGAGACAUAUUGCUGUGUUGCAGACGUGCACUUCUGCACCGACAGUAAAGCUGCAGUGUUGGGCCCAGCGUAGUGUGUGGGCAGCUGACCAGGCAGGCGGCUGUUUGGGGCUGCCAGACAUGCCGAUGAACUGUAGCACUGCAGUUUGCAUUUUCUGUUCUUUUUAUUCAUUAAACCUUGGAGUAAAUUUUUAUUGCUUUAAACGUUUAUUCUGGCGGGAAGAGAUCUGCUUUGAAAAGGGCGGCGAGUGUUUCUGUGUAUAAGCCAAAGAAUCGCAACCCCACAGGAAGUGAGAGUUUCACCCGGAUGUGGAUCCGGCGUCGGCAGAAAGGCACUGUCCUUAUCGGUACAGGCUUUAGAGCUGGGAGCAGCGUGCAAAGGUCAGGCAGGUGCAUAUUCCCGUGGUGAGCGGCACUGCGCUGGAUAGCAGGUACUACCGGACGGUGUGAUGUAGAGUAUUGCUGAGGGUCGUGUUGUUAUGGUGUUCCAGUGUCGACACACUGCAGUGUUGUUCAGUGGUGUUACGUAAGGAAUGUCGUGGUGGAAUAUAGUAAACGGGUAUAUGGCAACAUGAGGUACAGUCCUGUGAGCUGAGGCCUCCAUAAAGACUUUGUUAAAAGAUCAACAUUAUAAUUACAUUUCUUAAUACCAUAAUAUAUUUCUAUUGCAAUGAUAAGUAUUCUGAUUCUGUGUGUGUGUGUGCAUAAUAUAUGUAUAUAUGAAUAUGGUAGGUGCUGUUUUUAAUGUGACUUCAAGUGAACAGCCUUGUAAAUGACUGGCUACAUGGGAGGAGGGUAGAACAAAAAUGAGAUGCCACUGUUUUUUGCCGACAUUUCAGUUUUGCAGUGUUGUGUGCUGCCAUGUUCCACACAUGUACCCAAGCGGGGAAGACGCCCAGCCCAGCGAGGCAACAGAAUAGGUUUCUGUGCCAGCUGUUGUGCACUGCACUCUGAUUGGCCCAAUGUGAUCACGUGACCUGGCUCAGCAAGAAUUUAUUGCGAAAGCGAAAUGGCGGCGUUCUGAGCAGCAGGUGCUAUCAUGCCUGCAGACAAAGCCUCAGAAAAAGGUCCCAUGGGAUUAAAGGACGGGGGAACAGCACGUCGUCAUGGAUGUUUGAUAUGCUUUGAACUUGAUUCUUUCUGCAUAUCACUGUCUAAUUAAAUCAGGCAUUUGUAUUUCAAGUCUUUUGCGACACUAAAUCCAGAGGGAAAAUUUAAUUUUUAUGACGUCUUUUGUGACACUAAAAUAUGAAAAUUGUGCAAAACAGAUAUCUUAAAUGAACAAAAAAGGAACAAUGUGUUGUCCUGCUAAUUAAAUGUGUUUAAUACUA